AUGAUUACAAACGCAACCACCCUUGAGCAAGGAUUCGUUCGCUCUCUACAAUCCAACGACCUUGAGUCUCUUAAGCGUUUGCUGUUAGACAGCUCUCAACUGGAAAUGUUGAAAACUUCGGUUAUUUCAUUAGGUUCUUCGGACUCUCUUCCUCUUCUUCAUCUAGGUGUCCUACAUGGGUCUGUUCAAUUUGUGGACACCAUGUUGCGUUUCGGUUUUGAUCCGAAUACAAAAACACCCAAAGGAAAGAAAGAAACAUGUAUAUCCAUGCUUGUAAGAAUUGCAGAAAGCGGAGAAAAGCAAUUGGCUGCUUCUCCCUUGGAAAUGAUUCAACUUCUUCUUGAGAAUGGAGCUAGCCCAACCAUUCCCGAUGUUCUUUUAUGGAAGCCCAUUCAUGCAACUCAAAACAAGAAAAUAAUCAAGUUACUAUUGAGAUAUGGAGAGUCAAUAGACAGUUUGGGAGGAGCAACAGGAUGUACUCCUCUAAUACUGGCUUGUAGAAAAGGGAAUAAGGAACUGGUUUCGUGGCUUUUAAAACACCACGCAAACCCUAAUAUUUGUGAUAAGCAAGGCUUCUUCCCAAUUCACCACGCUCUUGGAGACGAACAUGUUGUGAGACUAUUAUUGGAGCAAGGAAAACAAUGUAUCAAUAAGCGAGCAAACAAUCCCGAAGGCUAUACACCCUUACAUUUUUGUUGCGAGAGAGAAACGAAAGGAAUUCAAGGAAAAAGUAAUUUGCUCAUUCUGUUCGGAGCGAAUCCAGAUUUGAGAACUCUGACCUCCAACAAAACAGCAGAAGAAAUUACGGAAAAUCAUAAAUACCUUUUCAAGUUGUACAGAAGUAGGCAGAGCUUAACAGAAAAUCAUCUGCAUGCUGCCAAUACUUCUGAAUGUGCAGACGACGGAUCAGUGUCAGACGAAGAAGAAUUUCAAAUCAUACGAGAGCAAUUUAACAAGUACAUGAUCAAUUACAAUUAUAUGGACAAUUUAACUCGAGGAGAAAAGAGACUCUCCAUUACUCACCUCAUACUCGAGAAUUACAUGGACUAA